AUGUGUCGGCCACAAAAGCAAACUCUAUACCAAAGUCUGAGACGAGACUCUCAUUUAAAGUGCCUUUUAUUGACUGUUCUCAUCAGUGGUUGUCUUUGUGUGAUUACGUGGUGUAGUGUCGCACAAAUCGACCGAAUGGUUGUUAACUUACAAAGCUAUCCCAUUCACACACUUCAUAGAGUGAGUCCAUGCGAUGAGGGAUACGUUUACAUCCCAAUUGUGUUUAUGUCGAUGCUAUACAUAGUGUAUUUGGUCGAGUGCUGGCACUGCAACACCCGUUUCGAACUCGUCUACGCUCUGAAUGCGAGCGCUGUUUACACUCACAUCGAGCAGAUGAAAGACGCACAGCCUAUCAUAUGGUGGAAAGCAGUCAGCUAUCAUUACGUCCGGCGCUCUCGACAAGUGACUCGGUAUCGGAACGGCGACGCCUACACCACAGCACAGAUCUAUUACGAGCGGAUCAAUAGUCACGUCACCGGCUCUUGUUUCUCAUACGGAGGCUGUGGUGUCAAAGAUAUAUCAAAGAAACUAUUGGAUCUCGAGUUACAUCCCGUCACCAAAAUUAGAUUUAGCAAAGGGUUUGCGUUCGCGAACAUAGAGUCUGCCAAUGAGUUCGAAGAGCAGAGAUCCAACUUCUUUGAAGACAAUGAGAGAUAUGAUGACUACUUAGAGAUGAGAGAAGGCCUGGACUUAGUCGGA